CCUCCUUCCCUCCUCUCCUCCUCCCUUCCCUUCCCCUCUCCUCCCCUCUCUCCUCCUUCCCCCCUCGGUCCGCCGGAGCCUGCUGGGGCGAGCGGUUGGUAUUGCAGGCGCUCACUCUCCGGGGCCGCCCGGCGGGUAGCUGGCGGGGGGAGGAGGCAGGAACCGCGAUGGCGCCUCAGAAGCACGGCGGUGGGGGAGGGGGCGGCUCGGGGCCCAGCGCGGGGUCCGGGGGAGGCGGCUUCGGGGGUUCGGCGGCGGUGGCGGCGGCGACGGCUUCGGGCGGCAAAUCCGGCGGCGGGGGCUGUGGAGGCGGCGGCAGUUACUCGGCCUCCUCCUCGUCUUCCGCGGCGGCAGCGGCGGGGGCCGCCGUGUUACCGGUGAAGAAGCCGAAAAUGGAGCACGUCCAGGCUGACCACGAGCUUUUCCUCCAGGCCUUUGAGAAACCAACACAGAUCUAUAGAUUUCUUCGAACUCGAAAUCUCAUAGCACCAAUAUUUUUGCACAGAACUCUUACUUACAUGUCUCAUCGAAACUCCAGAACAAACAUCAAAAGGAAGACAUUUAAAGUUGAUGAUAUGUUAUCAAAAGUAGAGAAAAUGAAAGGAGAGCAAGAAUCUCAUAGCUUGUCAGCUCAUUUGCAGCUUACAUUUACUGGUUUCUUCCACAAAAAUGAUAAGCCAUCACAAAACUCAGAAAAUGAACAAAAUUCUGUUACCCUAGAAGUCCUGCUUGUCAAAGUUUGUCACAAAAAAAGAAAGGAUGUAAGUUGUCCAAUAAGACAAGUUCCCACAGGUAAAAAGCAGGUGCCUUUGAAUCCCGACCUCAAUCAAACAAAACCUGGAAAUUUCCCGUCCCUUGCAGUUUCCAGUAAUGAAUUUGAACCUAGUAACAGCCAUAUGGUGAAGUCUUACUCAUUGCUAUUUAGAGUGACUCGUCCGGGAAGAAGAGAGUUUAAUGGAAUGAUAAAUGGAGAAACCAAUGAAAAUAUUGUGUUGCCCAGGGUGGCCUCAAAUUCCUGGGCUCAAGGGAUCUUCUUCCURCCUUUCCCUGGCGAGCGCUUACAGCUUUUAGAUGGGGAAUAUGAAGUAGCCAUGCAGGAAAUGGAAGAAUGUCCAAUAAGCAAGAAAAGAGCAACAUGGGAGACUAUUCUUGAUGGGAAGAGGCUGCCUCCAUUUGAAACAUUUUCUCAGGGACCUACAUUGCAGUUCACUCUUCGUUGGACAGGAGAAACCAAUGAUAAGUCUACAGCUCCUAUAGCCAAGCCACUUGCCACUAGAAAUUCCGAGAGUCUCCAUCAAGAAAACAAACCUGGUUCAGUUAAACCUACACAAACUAUUGCUGUUAAAGAAACAUUGACUACAGAUCUACAAACAAGAAAAGAAAAGGAUACUUCAAAUGAAAACAGACAAAAAUUAAGAAUAUUUUAUCAGUUUCUUUAUAACAACAAUACAAGACAACAAACUGAAGCAAGAGAUGAUCUGCAUUGUCCUUGGUGCACUCUGAACUGCCGCAAACUUUAUAGUUUACUMAAGCAUCUUAAACUCUGCCAUAGCAGAUUUAUUUUUAAUUAUGUUUAUCAUCCAAAAGGUGCUAGGAUAGAUGUUUCUAUCAAUGAGUGUUAUGAUGGCUCCUAUGCAGGAAAUCCUCAAGAUAUUCAUCGCCAGCCAGGUUUUGCUUUUAGCCGAAAUGGACCAGUAAAGAGAACACCUAUCACACACAUUCUUGUUUGCAGGCCAAAACGAACAAAAGCAAGCAUGUCUGAAUUUCUUGAAUCUGAAGAUGGAGAAGUGGAACAGCAACGAACAUACAGUAGUGGCCACAAUCGUCUGUAUUUUCACAGUGAUACAUGCUUACCUCUCCGUCCACAAGAAAUGGAAGUAGACAGUGAAGAUGAAAAAGAUCCCGAAUGGCUAAGAGAAAAAACCAUUACACAAAUUGAAGAAUUUUCUGAUGUUAAUGAAGGAGAAAAAGAAGUGAUGAAACUAUGGAAUCUCCAUGUCAUGAAGCAUGGGUUUAUUGCUGACAAUCAAAUGAAUCAUGCCUGUAUGCUGUUUGUAGAAAAUUAUGGACAGAAAAUAAUUAAGAAGAAUUUAUGUCGAAACUUCAUGCUUCAUCUAGUCAGCAUGCAUGACUUUAAUCUUAUUAGCAUAAUGUCAAUAGAUAAAGCUGUUACCAAGCUCCGUGAAAUGCAGCAAAAAUUAGAAAAAGGAGAAUCUGCUUCCCCUUCAAGUGAAGAAAUAACUGAGGAACAAAAUGGAACAGCAAAUGGAUUUAGUGAAAUUAACUCAAAAGAGAAAGCUUUGGAAACAGAUGUUGUCUCAGGGGUUUCAAAACAGAGCAAAAAACAAAAACUCUGAAAAGACCUAACCCCAUGUUAUGGACAAACACUGAAAUUGCAUUCUAGGGAAUUCAGCCUCUAAGAAGAGUUGUUUUUGUUUUUAAAUCAUAGGUUCCAAACAGGCACUGUUAGAUGAAGUAAAUGAUUUCAACAAGGAUAUUUGUAUCAGGGUUCUAUUUCACUUGAUUAUGCAGCAUUACAUGUAUAUCAGUUUUAUUGAUGUCAUUAAAACAUUUUCUAGUUUGAGCAUGAAAAGCAAUACUUCAAAGAAAGUACUUUUAACUGCAACAAUUGUCUUAUUAAAUACAUUGAAUUAAUCUAGAAAUUAUUUCAUAUUUAAAUUAUAAUGCUUUUUGCAUUUGUGACUAGCUGUUUUUCUAUUUUGUAAUUGUGAAACAUUUUCUUGGAGGGAAAAUUGGAAUGUGAUUCUCUUUUUUAGAAAUUGAAGAUUUUUGUGAAAUUGAAAUUGUUGCAUUACUACAUGCAAUCAAACCUUGAUCCUUGAUUUUGAAAUCAUCAAUUUGGAAUGAAAAAUUACAAUGCAAGAUAUUUUACUUAAGUUUCUUUUACAAUUUUAAGGUAGCACUUCUUCAUCUAAUGCCUGUUUGAGAAGAUGUUAAUUUUUCAUAUUGUUGACAGUAAAAUGUCAUGUUGGUUUAUAWGGGUUACUGAUCAUUUGUUUUCACAUGGAUAAAUUUAGUGCAUUGUUCACCUAUGUGUUUUUUUCAAACUUGAACAUUUAUUUUCUUUUUAGGUAAUCAUAUGGAAAAUUCAGCUGUWUGAAUCUUUUCAUUAGAAUAAUAAUCCAAGGAAAGAAUCCAAGUUUGAGAAUUUUAAGAUGCCACUUUCGGGGAGGGGAAGUGUUCUAUAAAAAAUGAUGCAGAAAAUGUUACACUUUUGUUUUUGUUGUUUUCAUUGCAAGGGUGUCUUUGUAAUGUAUUUCAUGAUUAGAAUAUCCAAUACAGAUAAGCUGACUUGAAUUGUUUUUGAGCAAUUUUGCCCUGUGUUAUGUGUUUUACGCACAUAUUUGCAGUUGGAUUUUCUCCAACAGAAAGCAGUUUCACUACUGGCACAUUAAUAAGCACCAAUAGGUUUUUAUUCCAACUCCAAGCACUGUGGUUGAGUAACAUCACCUCAAUUUUUUAUUAUCCUUUAAAGAUACUGCAUUUUCAUACUCUUUAUUUAUAAAGGAUCAAUGCUGCUGUAAAUACAGGUAUUUUUAAUUUUUUAAUUUCAUUCCAUCACCAUCAGAGCAGUUCCCUAUUUUGUUUAGUGAAGGGAUAUAUAAGCUUUCUAAUGGUGUCUUCAGAAAUUUAUAAAAUGUAAAUACUGAUUUGAUUGGUCUUUAAGAUGUGUUUAACUGUGAGGCUAUUUAACUAAUAGUGUGGAUAUGAUUUGUCAUCCAGUAUUAAGUUCUUAGUCAUUGAUUUUUGUGUUCAAAAAAUAGGAAAGAGGGAAACUGCAGCUUUCAUUACAGAUUCCUUGAUUUGUAAGCUCUCUAAAUGAUGAGUUCCAGUAAACUCUCAUUUUGCCUCUGAGUAGUGGAUUUUGAGCAUUUCUCUUGGGCUUUAAUUUGCUAAAGCUGUGCACAUAUGUAAAAAAAAUAAAAAUAGAUUAUUUUAGGGGAGAUGUAGGUGUAGAAUUAUUGCUUAUGUCAUUUCUUAAGCAGUUAUGCUCUUAAUGCUUAAAAGAAGGCUAGCAUUGUUUGCACAAAAAGUUGGUGACUCCCUCCCCCAAAUAGUAAUGAAAUUACUUCUGUUGAGUAAACUUUUUAUGUCAUCUUAUAAUAAAAGCUGAAAAAAUCCCUUUGUUUCUAUUUAUAAAAGAAAUGCUUUUCUAUAUGUACCCUUGAUAACAGAUUUUGAAGAAAUCAUGUAAGAUGAUAAAGCAUUUGAAUGGUACAGUAGAUGUAAAAAAAAUUCAGUUUAAAAGAACAUUUGUUUUUACAUUAAAUGUUUAUUUGAAAUGAUUUUGUACAUAAAGUUCAAUAAUAUAAAAGCUGUAUUUC